UGUUCUUCACGCAACCAUUUACAUUGCAGUUAAUGAUGAGCCUGGUGGCGGCUCUCCAGGAGGAUGGUCAUGUGAGGAGGAGCUCAGUCCAAUCAGGAGUCAGCGAGGUGUAUAUAAAAGCUUGCAGACUAUACUGCACACUGGUACUCACAGCAGGGUACAGGCAGAGUAUUACCUGGAGCUAAGAGCAAUGAGCUUCACAUCUGGGAUAACCGGCAAUAUGAUGAAUGUGGCCAGCUACUUUAAGAUAUCAGCCACAGAGGUGCUUCUUGCCUCUGUGGUCUUCUCUGUGGUUUUCCUAAUCUUCAAAUCCUACAGUCAGAGGGUACCUCCUGGUACAAAAAGAAUGCCUGGGCCAUUUCCUCUGCCAUUAAUAGGAAAUAUUCUCUCAUUAAGCAAGAAUCCCCAUCUCAGUCUUACCAAGAUGAGUGAGGUUUAUGGUGAUGUGCUUCAAAUUCAGAUAGGCACAAAGCCUGUGCUAGUGCUAAGUGGACUGGAAACAAUCCGUCAGGCUUUGAUAAAGCAAGCUGAGGUGUUUAUGGGACGCCCUGACCUCUUUACCUUUCGCCUGAUCGGUGAUGGACAAAGUUUAACAUUUAGCCAAGAUUCUGGUGAGGUAUGGAAAGCCCGUCGCAGGUUGGCACAUAAUGCCCUUAAGACCUUUGCUAUUUCCCCCUCCCUCACAUCUUCUGGUACAUCUCUGUUGGAAGAACAUAUAAGUAAAGAAGCAGAAUACCUUGUCAGAAAAUUCCAGCAGCUCAUUGAAGAACAAGGAGAAUUUGACCCCUAUAGAUACGUGGUGGUUUCUGUAGCCAAUGUCGUUUGUGCGAUAUGUUUUGGAAGACGCUACAACCAUGAUGAUCAAAAAUUCCUUGACAUUGUCAACCUGACCGAUGAGUUUGGAGCAGCAGCUGCCUCAGGAAACCCUGCAGAUUUUAUCCCUAUCCUUCAAUAUCUCCCAAGCCGAACCAUGAAAAGAUUUGUGGACAUCAACAAAAAGUUUGUGGACUUCAUACAAAAGAUUGUUCAUGAGCAUUACGAAACAUAUGAUAAGAAUGCUGUUCGAGAUAUUACUGAUUCUCUAAUUCAAAACUCUCAAGAAAAGAAAGUAGAUGAAAAUUCCAACGUGCAGCUAUCAGAUCAGAAGAUUAUCAACAUUGUUAAUGACCUUUUUGGGGCUGGAUUUGACACUGUAACUACUGCCUUGUCAUGGUCUCUGACAUAUCUUGUGGCUAAUCCCAAAAUACAAGACAAAAUACAGAAUGAACUGGAUCAGGUCAUCGGCAGAGAACGGAGGCCCAAAUUGUCCGACAGAUCUCAGCUGCCCUAUACAGAAGCCUUCAUCUUGGAGAUGUUCCGUCAUUCAUCCUUUCUUCCCUUUACAAUUCCACACUGUACCACCUCUGACACUGUGCUCAAUGGAUACUUCAUACCCAAGGGAAUAUGUGUAAUGAUCAACCAGUGGCAAGUGAAUCAUGACCCGAAACUGUGGAAGGACCCAUUCAAAUUCAGUCCAGAACGCUUCCUAAAUGAAGAUGGCUUGUCACUAAACAAAACUGAGAUGGAAAAAGCCCUGAUUUUUGGUUUAGGCAAGAGAAGAUGUGUUGGUGAAGCCAUUGGCAGAGCUGAAGUUUUCCUCUUCCUCACCACCAUGCUCCAGCAGUUGCAAUUUUCAAUACAAGAUGUUGAGAAAUUGGAUAUGUCUCCCCAGUAUGGACUUACCAUGAAACUCAAGCGGCAUCAUGUGACUGCCAGACUGCGCUUUCCUAUGAUGGCUACUCAAUAGAGAUCCAACCUGGGAAAACCAUCUUCUAUGCAAAAAUCAGGACUUAAUUUUCAUGCUGUGACCUUUACAUGCAUAUAAAUAUAUGAUGUUUGCGGCUUAAUAUUACUAUAAAGCCAGAGAUUCACUUUUUUUUUUUUUUAACCUUGUGACUGUGCAAACUGAACAAUAUCCUGUUACAGGAAAGACUUUUCAGUAAUUAAGCUGUUUAUUUUUAUUUGUCAUAUAUGAAGGAAUAAACCAUAAGUCUUAGUAAAGCUGUAUCAAUAAAAAUCAAAAGCUUAUAUGGUGAAUAUCGCCAAAAUACUGAGGAUUCUGGGACAUUAGUAGAAAGCUUCAUUACCUACCUAUAUGUAUUAAUUAUCUUUAUGCCAUUGUGAUUUUUUUUGCCAAGUCUUGCCAUACAAACAUAAAGAACCAGGCUUGUUUCAUCAGCAGAAUCAUGUUCUUACAGUGGUCUAGUUAAAGUUAUGAGCAUAUUUUUUUUUAUAUCCAACCAUUCCAUUACUGGUACGUAAUAAUUAGCACUUUUUCCUUGUUGUCUGUUCUUGUCCUGCUGGCAAUGCCUUUGUAAACCAGUUUUAUGGAAAUGAAAUAUUUGCUGUUGUAAUGACAUAAUGAAAUACUUUGUGAAAUAUCUGUAUAGUAUUAUGAUCUCUAUGAGAUAAUAAAAGAUUAAUAAUGUUCUUUA